AUGGCUGGAAGAAAAAAAGCUUUACUUAAAGUUAUUGUAUUAGGUGAUAGUGGUGUUGGUAAAACAAGUUUAAUGGGACAAUUUGUUUUACAUAAAUUUUCAAAUCAAUAUAAAGCAACAAUUGGUGCAGAUUUUUUAACUAAAGAAGUACAAAUUGAUGAUCGUCUUGUAACAAUGCAGAUUUGGGAUACAGCUGGUCAAGAACGUUUUCAAAGUUUAGGUGUAGCUUUUUAUCGUGGAGCUGAUUGUUGUAUACUUGUUUAUGAUGUUACAUCACCGAAUUCAUUUAAAUCAUUAGAUAGUUGGAGAGAUGAAUUUCUUAUUCAAGCUGGCCCACGUGAUCCAGAAAAUUUCCCAUUUGUAGUAAUUGGAAAUAAAACUGAUCUUGAUAAUCGUACGGUUCAAGCCCGUAAAGCACUUAAUUGGUGUGCAGACAAAUCUAAUAUUCCACAUUUUGAAACAUCAGCUAAAGAAGGUGUCAACGUUGAAAAAGCUUUUGAAACCGUUGCACGUAAUGCAUUAGCACGUGAAAAGGAUAUUGAUCCAACACCAGAUUUUCCAUCACCAAUACGACUUCCAGAACAAAAUCAACCUACGAAUAAAGAUAAAUGUCCAUGUUAA